AGGAAUUGCGAAUUUGUCAGGUGGUUGAACAUUUCCUCAUCGUCUAUCGUUUGUUGUAAGCAUCUGGGAGCAGAUCUAAACUUCUUAAGAUGUUUCGUAAACCAGCGAAGAAACGUGCACAGAUUCAGGUCCGCCAAAGAGGUGAAGAUGAUUUGUCUGGUGAUGAUGAUGGAACUGACGUUGUGAAAGAUUUUAAAAGAAGGAAGCGAGCAAAUCCAUUCCAGCAGUCUACUUUGAAAUCCAAAAACGACGCGAACAAAGCGAAUUCGUCAAGUGAUUCGGAUGAAGCUAGCACAGUUUUGGCAGAAGAUGCAUUUGCUGCAAGUGGAAGUGCUGAACCAUUAGGACCGCGGGAUCAAGGAGCAACUGCCACCCACAAUAUCGAUACCGACAUUGAAGUUGAUGCUCAGGCACAAUUUGAGAGAGUCCAACAGCAACUGAAAGAGGGUUUGGUCAAGGACGGCAAAACUUUAUACAAGGGACAGGCAAUGUACGGUGCUAAAGAAGCGAAGGAUACUGCUAAAGGAAACGCUAGUAGUGGACUCAACAGGAUAGGUCCCAUUCGGGCUCCACAAUUCGUUCGUCAAACGGUCCGUUGGGACUAUGCGCCAGACAUUUGCAAAGAUUACAAAGAAACUGGUUUUUGUACAUUCGGCGACUCUUGCAAAUUCUUGCACGAUCGCUCUGACUAUAAGCACGGUUGGGAGAUUGAACGUGAUUAUGAGGCAGGGAAACUAAAUCAGAUCGAUGAAACUAACUAUGAAAUCAAUGAAAAUGAUGACGAGUUCCCUGAAGAGUGCUACAUAUGUAUGAAACCAUUCACUGCGCCCGUAGUUACGCGGUGUAAGCAUUACUUCUGUGAAGCUUGUGCUCUCAGCGCAUUCAGAAAAUCAAAGCGAUGUCGGAUAUGCAACGAAAAUACUGGAGGAGUCUUCAACAUAGCUAAAGACCUCAUUGCCAAAUUGAAUGGUACCGCCAAGAGCAAAAAGGAGCAACAAUCAGAAUCUGACGCAGAUAGCUCUGACCAUGAGCACGACAAGCACGAACAUAAUCAUGGAGGACAUGCUUGCUGUAGCAACAGCGAAGUGAAGCAGGAGAUAAAAACGGAAGAAGAGGACGAGCACGCUGAAGAAGAACAUGGCGGAGAUGAGAUAAAACAAGAAGAAAUUGAUCACUUCGAACAAGGAGAUGAAGAAGAUCAUGAUGGACAUGAUGAGAAUGAGGAGGAUGAGCACGACCAUGAAGAAGUCCAAGAGAGUAUAGAAAUCAAAAUGGAAGAGAUUGAAGAAGAUGACGAACAUAAUGAAGACGAUGGCAUUGACGACGAGGAAGACGUUCAGACUGAUAGCGAAGACGAGCAGAACGUGGAAAAUGAAGCUAGGGAGUGACUUAUAUCAAUUUUUUCGAACUGAUUUCGAAAUGUAGGGUCUGUCUAAUGCAGCGUAGUUAUCAUUAUUUAAGUGUAACAUUAUUAUGUGGUAUAAAUUAACAGCAUGCUGUU